AUGCCGCACGGUCAGAAGGGGUCCAUCAGCUCCCUGAAGGAUGUUAUUAUUGAUGAACGGUUCCGCAUACUCAACCGCCUGGGCGGUGGCUCGUUCGGCGAGGUCUACAAGGGCGUAAAUGUCCUUACUGGUGAGCACGUUGCCAUUAAGUUGGAGGUGACAAAGAGCAAUAGUCGUGCGCUGCUUGAGUAUAAAAUAUACAGUUACCUUAAUGAAUGUGCUGUCGUUGUUGGUAUUCCCUCUGCGUACUACGGGGGACGUGUGGGCGAUUACAAUGCUAUCGUAAUGGAUCUGCUAGGUCCUAACCUCGAAGACUUGUUCAAUGUCUGCGGUCGAAAGUUCGGUACAAAGACCGUUUGCAUGAUCGGCAUACAGAUUAUUCAGCGGUUGCAGUAUAUGCACGGUAUGCAUUAUAUUCAUAGGGACAUCAAACCGGAGAACUUUGUCAUGGGCAUGGACGGGAACUCGCACACGGUGUAUGUUGUGGACAUGGGCUUGGCAAAGCGAUACCGAGACCCUGCCACGCUGCAGCACAUUCCUUGGGAAGAAAAAAAGGCGCUGACUGGCACGGCACGCUACGUUAGCAUUAAUACUCAUCGUGGCUUUCAACAGUCGCGAAGGGACGACAUGGAGUCUAUGACAUACCUCCUCCUCUACUUUCUCCUUGGGGACCUUCCGUGGCAGGGGAUGAAAUUAAAACCGGACGAUCGCCAGUAUGAACACAUUUGUGAAAAAAAGGCCGCGUCAUCACCAGAGAUGCUGACUCGUGGUUUUCCUAUACAGUUUGCUCGAAUUUUACAAUAUGCACGGAACCUUCAGUUUGAGGAGACGCCGGACUACUCCUACUGUGUGCGCCAGUUGCAUGAGGCGCUUGCUUCGUUGGGCGAGACGUGCGACUACCAGUAUCCGUGGCUGGCGAAGUUGGAUCCGCACGGGACGGAGGGGCAAAGUGAAACGGACUCACUCGAUGAAGACGUCGGCGCCCAUGCACGGUUAUCUACAAUAGGGGGUCCACGCAAGAGAACCUCUACAAAUGCGACACAGUGCCGCACACUCACCGUUGAUGACUUGAACGACGUGCCGGAUAAGUCGGGGUGUAUGGAGACUUCAUCAAACGAGGCUCCACUUACGGGGCUGUUCGAGGACUACGGCUUCGAUAUCUUCUUUUAG